UAAGUGCCUUGAGCUUGUUGAACGAGCAGAAUAUUGGCUUCUGAUUUGGUUUCUCAACUUCAAGCUCAGCCGUGCCUUUCUAAACUGGUUUACGGUUUUAUACUGCUCUUUCCUGACUCCUUUCAUUGCAUCUAUUUUACUGAGAGGGGAAUUAACAGGAGGAAUUCGCAACGUCGAGUGUGAUUUCGAACCACUGGGUUGCUGUGGCUAAACAUUGUUUUAGAGGAAGGUGAAACGCGUGUUUGCUGGAGCUGCUGGCGCCAUGUCGUCAUUCGAGGAGCUUGGCGUGAGUAAAUGGCUCGUCCGCCAGGCGAAUGCCAUGGCGAUGCGAGUUCCAACACCAGUCCAGGCCAGCUGCAUCCCUGAAAUACUGAGCGGUCGAGACUGUGUUGGCUGUGCGAAGACGGGCAGCGGUAAAACGGCAGCGUUCGCCCUGCCCAUCCUGCAGAAGCUGUCUGAGGAUCCGUACGGGGUCUUCUGCCUCGUCCUCACGCCAGUCAGAGAAUUGGCGUAUCAAAUCGCGGAACAGUUCCGCGUGCUUGGAAAGCCUCUCCGCAUACGCGUGGCAGUGGUUGUCGGCGGUCGAGACAUGCUUGUGCAGAGCAAGGAACUUGCUGAUAAGCCUCACAUCAUCGUCGCAACACCAGGUCGCCUGGCACACCAUCUGAACAUCACCGACACAUGCCGACUGGACAAGAUCAAGUACCUGGUUUUGGACGAAGCCGACAGGGUGCUCGAGGAGACAAUGAUGGAGGAUGUCAAUGUGGUUCUGAAGGCCUUGCCGAAGAAGCGGCAAACUCUUCUCUUCACUGCAACCAUUGAGGAUCUUCUGGACGACAUCGAGGACAAACCGGAGGACAAGCGGCCAUUUGUGUUCAUUGGAGAAAGCAGCGAGGCUACGGUACCCACCGUCAAACAGCAGUACGUCCUUUGUCCACAACUGGUCCGUGAUGUGUAUCUCGUGCACGUGCUGCACGACCUUCACGACGAGAAGAAGAACACGAUCAUUGUCUUCACCGCUACGUGCAAAAAUUGUCAGAUUCUGUGUAUGUUGUUCAAUCAUGUCGGCAUUCCUGCAGUCGCACUGCACUCGCUCAUGUCACAGAAUGGUCGCUUGGCAUCACUGAGCAAAUUCCGUGCAGGACAAGUCAGAGUGUUGGUGGCAACUGAUCUGGCUGGCAGAGGCCUGGAUAUCCCUACAGUGGAGGUUGUACUCAACAGCAACACACCAGCAUCUCCCACUGAUUACAUACAUCGUGUCGGAAGAACUGCUCGUGCCGGUCGCGGUGGUCUGGCUAUAACCAUGGUGACGCAAUUUGACAUUGUCCGUCUCCACGCCAUCGAGGACAGAAUAGGUAAAAAGCUUGAAACUCUAGCGGUGGAGGAGGAUGACGUGGACAAGCUGCUGGAACCUGUUCGGCUCUCACGGAAACAGCUGGAAGUGGAUUUAGGCAUGACUGACUUUGGCGAGCAGCGACAGCGUAACAAGGAGAAGUGGGAUAGAAUGGAUCCCAAGAAGCAAGAUCAGAACAAGCGCAAGAAGAAGAAGAGCGGCAGUGGGGCAGGCCACGCAGACUCUGAAUCAGGAACGUUGGCAGCAUCCCCUUCCAGCGCCUCGAAGAAACCCCGGCCAUCGGAACAGGCCACGACCAAAAGCAAGGAACAUGCCGUUCAGCGCCAGAAAGAUGCACAGAAGAAGAGGUCCAGAAGCCUGCAAGCAACGCCUGCUACCUCUCCAUCUCCAUCGCUGAAGAGAACGAAAAAGAAAAUGGUGAAAUGAUGAGCUUGAGGGAUGCCAGGCAACUUUGAUGCAAAGACUAACUCUUAUUAACCUUGACCAUUGUACAUGUUGUACAUAGACUUCACUUGUAUUAUACUCUCUUGAAGACCUUGCAUGUAUUGUAAAUAGAUUUCUUCUGUCCGUACAUACUCUCCAUGCUUAGCUAACUCCAAGGCUGCACAUUCUAAAGAACCUCGGAGGCCCUUUUCUAGAUCACGCAUGGGUCGUAGCGCUUCAUAAAAAUGUAGAUAUUAUGAUAAUGUCAUGUUGAUUUGAGCAACAUGGAAGCUGUGGCAUGUAAAUAUUAUAAUUUUUGUGGAUAUAGCACUCAACAGGGUUUUUUUUAGGAAGCACACCCAAAAUGUAUAAUUCGAUAUCUAGCCUUGCAUGAUGAUUGCUCACCACACGUGGAACUCAGUUGCGAGAAUGCCUUGAUCCAUUGUUGUUUUUUGCUUGUUGCUCUGGCUCUGACUCCUGUGUUAUUGAGCGCUCUGUCAUUGUACAUACUAAAUUACUUGGGCUCCCCCCCCCUCCCCUGGCCCUGUGUAUAAUCUAUAUCAGACAAGUUCAGCGACUCGUCCCUGAGAUCAACAGUGAGUCGCAGUGCA